AUGGGGAGAGAUGCCACGGGGGCGGGGUCAGCAGCGGGGACAGGCGCGCGGGGAGUUCCGGCAGCGGAGGUGGAGCGAUUAAGCGAGCGCCUGUCGCUUGUAACGGACCUGCGACUGCCGCAUGCGAUGGAGAGUCGUGGCGACCCCGUGACUUGCGGGGAGAAGAAGGACCACCUCGCCUCGUUGCUACAGCGCGACCCGGCGGUUUUCCUAGAGCGGUACGGAGGGUUGCUGCGGGAGGAGGAGCUGCGGGCGUUCGAUGGCAUGGCGGGGGACUAUGAGAUCGCAUGGCACAUGCGACGACUGCGUCCCGCCAACCACCCGUCAUCGUCGCACCCGUCGGCUGCUGCUGUGGUGAAGAACCGUCGCCUGGCGUUCAUGACUCGUCUGGAACAGGAGGGCGUGUUUUUCAGCGAGGAAGCAAUGAGGGAGAGAGACCCACUGCUCCACCAGGACUACCUUGGAGGUUUUGACAGAGCACCCGGCGCAGCAGUGGUGGCACAAGCAGGAAGAGGCGAAGGGGGGGAGGAAGACGGAGAGAGAGGAGGGGGGGAAGGAGGGGGAGCAGGAGGAGGAGAAAGAGCGGGAGUGGCGGUGGCAGCGGCAAGGGGGGUGGGUGGGGCUGCAGAGGGCAUGUUUGUGGCGCGACCGGGGGAGCGACUGUGGGAGAUGCUGCUGAGGCAGACGGAUGAGGUGGCGAUACAGCAGGCUCUGGUGCGAGGACGGAGGGCACGUGAGGGAGGAGUGAGAGGGAGGGGCGGGCGUGGAAGAAUGAUGGAGGAGGAAGAGGAGGAGGAAGACGAGGAGGAAGAGGAGGAGGAGGAGGGAGAGGAGGAAGAGGAUGACGAGGAAGAGGAAGAGGAAGGAGGGAUGGAUAUGAAUGGCCGCAGGGAUGAACACUGGGGGCACAUGCAGAUGGAGUGUGAAGGGCAGGGGGAGGAAGGGAAGGGAGGGGAGAAAGGGGAGGAGGAGGAGGGAGGAGGAAGAAGGAGCACUGUGGCUGCAGCACAAGGGAGAGUGCAGGAGGAAGCAGGGAGGUUGGUUUCAGAGGAAGGUGUAGGAGCUGGUGCUGUGAGAGACGUGGCAGCAGCAAGGGCUGUAACAGCAGGGGUUGCUGCAGCAGGGGGUGCCAGAGCAGGGGUUGCUGCAGCAGGGGGUGCCAGAGCAGGGGGUGCUGCAGGAAGGGACAAUGGGAGUGCAGGAGAUGAGAGGCGGGCAGCAGGAGGAGAAAGAGGAGGAGAAGCGGGAAGAAGUGGAGGGCAGGAGAGUGCGGCACGAGGAGGUGAAGAUGGGGCUGGGAGAAGGAGAAGCAGUGGUGGUAGACAAACAGAUCAGGGUAGGGCACAGGAGAAGGGCCAGGAAGGACGACAGGUUGAAGGAGAGGCAGCUGGAGGGGGGGAUGGGGAGGGUCCCAAGGGCCAGGAGGUUCGGGAGGAUCAAGAUGAUCGGGAGGGUCGUGAGGGUAGGGAGGUUUGGGAGGGUGAGGAGGUUUGGGAGGGUGGGGAGGAUCGGGAGGGGGCGCUAGAGGAGUUGAGAUGGGCAAUGAAGGAGAAGUUUCUGGCAGGGAGGGAGACAGAUGUGGACUAUGGGCGCAUUGAUGGGGACGAGAGCUUGGAUGAUGACUGGAUGACAGAGGUCAAUAGGGAUGCGGAAGAGAGGUAUUUCGGGGCGGACUGA